GCCAUGGGUGUCUCUUCGAAAUGGCUCUCUUUGAGUGUUCUUGUCCUCUGCAUUGUCCUCCAUUUGAGCGCAAUCAGUACUCUUGGAGAUAACAAGCUUGACAAAACUAGAUUUGGAGAUGAUGGUUGUGGAUUUGGGGGCCGAAGAGGAUGUGGUGGUCGUAGACGUGGUGGCAUUGGAGGAGGUUUUGGUGGUGGUGGCGGCUUUGGUGGAGGAGGAGGAGGUGGUGUUGGAGGUGGAUCGGGUCAUGGAGGAGGUUUUGGAGUUGGGGGAGGUGUAGGUGGUGGAGCAGGAGGAGGGAUUGGUGCUGGUGGUGGAGGUGGAGGUGGUGAAGGAGGUGGUGGAGUUGGUGGAGGUUCAGGGCAUGGUGGAGGCUUUGGAGCUGGAGGUGGUCUAGGAGGUGGAGUUGGUGGGGGUGCAGGAGGGGAGGAGUGGUGGAAGGAAGGAGGAGGGGGUGGUGGUGGUUUGGGUGGAGGAUCCGGCCAUGGGGGUGGGUUUGGUGCAGGUGGUGGAAUAGGAGGUGGAGCUGGUGGCGGUGUUGGAGGUGGAGGAGGAGCGGGAGGUGGCGGCGGUGGUGGUGUAGGGGGAGGAUCAGGUCAUGGUGGUGGGUUUGGUGCAGGUGGCGGAGUAGGAGGUGGUGCUGGUGGCGGUAUUGGAGGUGGAGGAGGAGCGGGAGGUGGGGGUGGUGUAGGUGGAGGGUCAGGCCAUGGUGGUGGAUUUGGUGCAGGUGGCGGAGUAGGAGGUGGUGGUAUUGGAGGUGGCACUGGUGGAGGCAUUGGUGGUGGUGGGGCAGGAGGUGGUAUUGGUGGCGGACAUGGUGGAGGAUUUGGGAUUGGAGUUGGGAUAGGCGUUGGAGUUGGUGUUGGAGCUGGUGCUGGUGCAGGAGAGGGAUCCGGAAGUGGGUCUGGCAGUGGCGGCGGUGGUGGACGUUAAAACAUAGUAGAAAGAAGUUUUUAAGCUGCAAUCCUUAUAUACAUUUGAGUCAAUCGUCUUGUUAUGCAUGAGGACGUAGCUUAAACAAUGUAACAGCUUUUGUGAGAAAGCUUACGGUCGUCUGAAGAUUGUAAUUUCCUAAUGAUUUUUCUGUAAUCAAGAGGUGAAGCUUCCAUCUCUCAAAUGAGGUCAUAAUAUUAUCAAUUUUCUUCCGCUCU